AUGCCUCCAACCUCGACCCCCUCCAACCACCGCAGUCGCCGUAUAGAUGACGCCCUCUCCCAGCUCGUCGACUCCCUGCUCCCGCAACGAUCUAGUAGCCGUCAGCCGCGAGGCGGCAGCGGCGACAAUGACGCGUCGAAUGAGUAUAUGGACGAGUAUGCUCGCGCAGAGGCCGCGGAGGCGGAGGAGCUACGGCGUCGUCGCGCGUUGGAUCUUGCGUGGAGGAUAAUUGAUGCCCAUGGCAAUAACGGUGUGGGUGCGGGGGGGCCUAUCGAGAAUAACAACGGUUACGGUGAGCAGAAGCCGCAGCGACGGGGCGGAUCGGUGUCUCCUGAUAUGAUCAACAACGCACCGGAUAUGAUUAAGCGGAAGUUGCUAAGGGAGAAUGCGUCGCCGGAUAAGGCGAUGAGGUUUUCGAAUCUGUAUUCGAGGCUGUUGACGCAGCCGGUGCUGGGGCAGAAGUGGGCGAUAUUGUACCUGCUGUACCGGAUUGGGGAGGGGGGCGAAGAUGAGGAUGAUGGUGUUGCAGAGGGGAUGAUGGGCGGAACGAAUCUGAGACGGAUGCUGGAUGGGCGGCGGAGUCCGUUGAUGGAGGAGAAUCAAUUGGAUAAUAUGGUGUUUGCGAAUCGAUUGGGGGGGAGGAAGAAUGUUGCAGAGAGCAUUGCUCCUGGUUCAUCGGCUUCUGCGGCCGGGAGGGAGCACCCGUCUACUCAGCGGCGCGCGGGAAUGCCAAAGGAUGGAGUGGAUAUGGCGAGGUCGAAAGAGAGCGAGAGGAAAAGAAAUGCGGAAGAAGAGAUCAAGGAACGCAAAUCGGCGCGUCGACAAGCCGAAGAAUCGAUAUCAGCACCCCAAACACCCAAGCACAGCCAGCCCGCUGAAAGCACUGACGAGGGCGCACCGCCCGAAGAGCCGGCUCUUUUACGAGACUUGCCGUUUUGUCUGCAAGGCUUGUCGACUACCAAUCUUCAGUUUUCGAGUUCUACCUUGAAAUUACCGACUACACUCCCUAUUCCACUCAUAUCAUUGCUACACACUUUGGCGGAACCAUGUCUUCUCUAUCAAGGCCUGUCUGAGUUCGUUAGCAGAUCCGAGGGGGGGCUCAUAGAACAGAGUCUGCGAGCAGCUAUAAGCGCUGAGCUUCGAUCUUAUCUAGGCUUAGUCGCAAGCCUAGAAGGAGAGAUUAGAACGGCUCUUACGGCGGUGUCAGAAUCAGUCGAUAGCCCAACGUCUGUAAUGAAAGCAGGCGUCACUCUCAAACGCUGCGUUGUUUGGAUGAGAGAUGCCACAAUGGCCCUACGCUUGAUGAGUCUCAUGGUUAAAGAGGUCGAGGGUAAGAAAGGGGGCCAAUUGAUAUCUAUGAUUCACGGUUUUUCAACGUCCCACGGAGACCCCUUUGUUGGCGCUUUUGCAGAACGGCUUUUGGCACAUGUUACCCGGCCAUUUUACGGGAUGUUGACGCAGUGGAUAUACGACGGGGAGUUAUCGGAUCCGUACUGCGAGUUCUUCGUCGUGCAGCCGGAAAGCCGCCCGUCUGGUGAUCCACGUCGAACGGCAACGAGUGUGUGGGAUGAGAAGUAUAAGCUGGACGAUGCGAUGGUUCCUACGAUAAUGACGCAUGAUUUUGCAAAAAAAGUGUUUUUGAUUGGGAAAUCUCUCAAUUUCAUUCGAUACGGCUGCGGUGAUUCUGCCUGGGUGGUUGCAUAUUCUCGAGAUGCCUCAAAGGAGUUACGAUAUGGAGAUACUGCUACGCUUGAGACGUCGAUUGACGAGGCGUAUAAAAGUACAAUGGCUCGUCUCAUCUACCUGAUGGACUCGAAGUUUAAAUUAUUCGAACACCUGGAUGCACUAAAAAAGUACCUUUUACUAGGCCAAGGAGACUUUAUCGCUCUGCUUAUGGAGUCGCUCGCCUCGAAUCUUGACCGGCCGGCCAACUCACAGUACCGUCAUACCCUGACAGCUCAAUUGGAACAUGCCAUUCGAGCGUCAAAUGCACAGUACGACUCGCCAGAUGUGCUUCGUCGGCUUGAUGCACGGAUGCUGGAGCUUAGUCACGGCGAGAUCGGCUGGGACUGUUUUACACUUGAAUAUAAAAUCGAUGCUCCGGUUGACGUGGUCAUAACACCCUGGGCCUCGACACAAUAUUUGAAACUUUUCAAUUUCCUAUGGAGAGUCAAGCGGGUAGAGUUUGCGCUUGGCAGCACAUGGCGACGAUGUAUGACCGGAGCAAGGGGGGUGCUAGGGAGUGUCGAAGACAAAGUCGGCCCAGACUGGAAGUUGGCGCGCUGUGUCAUUGCGGAGAUGAUACAUUUCAUAUGCCAGCUCCAGUAUUACAUACUUUUCGAGGUCAUCGAAGCCAGCUGGGAUCAGCUACAAAUCGCAAUAUCAAAACCAGGAUGCACACUCGACGACCUCAUAGAAGCGCACACAAAAUACCUGAACUCUAUCACCCACAAGGGCCUCCUCGGCUCAUCAUCAUCUCGCAGUUCCUCCUCAACCAGCAACCGAGGCGAAGACUCCUUUCUAGCCCAACUCCACCAAAUCCUCAAAGUCAUGCUCGCGUAUAAAGACGCCGUGGAUGGACUCUACUCCUUCUCCGUCGCAGAAUUCACCCGACGGCAAGAAUUCAACGCAAAGAUCGAAACCCGUACCGCCCAAGGCCGAUGGGGCGUGACGGAAAGAGACCUGCAAUCCAUCCACUCGGCGAGAACCAGUCGCCCCGGAUCGACAAUGCGACGACCAAGAGCAGAUUCCAACUCCCCGGCCGUUGACUCACCCAUCGACAACGGUGGGCUUCUUCGCUCAUCGACGGAUGGCACGCCUUUGGGCGGUGCGGCUUCGCCUUUUUUCAGCUCUAGUCUCGCUGGGGAGGAUCAUCUACUACCAUCGCUACGCUCACGACUGAGCGAUUUAUCAACGGAGUUCCGGGCGAGGCUGGUUACGUUGCUGGGUGAUUUGGCAUAUCAGCCUGAUGUUGACAUGAGGUUUUUAGGCGUGGUUAUGAAUUUCAAUGAUGUGUAUCAAGUUGUGAGGAGGAGAAGGGGUGGUGGAGGGAGUUCGGGGAAAGAUAGAGAGAGGAAAAGGGGUGGGGCGGAGUCGACGGAGACGGAGAGGAAGGAAGAUAAGGAGAAAGCCAAGGAAAGGGAGAAAUCCACCGGGUAG